AUGGCGGUUUCUAAUGGGUUGUUGGUGUUCGGAAGUGCACAAGAUGGUGCAGCAGAUGGUUACGGUUUACUGCGGUUUCCCGGAGAAGAUGGUCGACGGCAAGAAGACGCGGAGAUGCUUGCUGAUCAGCACACGGAGCCACGGGAACCGGUGCAAGUUGAUGCGGUGCUCGAUGGUAGUCAAGUUGAGGAUGGUGGUGGAGGUAAGGGUGAUAUUCUUGAUAGCCGAAAAACUCGUGAUAUGGCAGAUUUAGAUGUGGGCGGAGGGCAAUGGCUCAUCUACCGCGAAAAAGCAAAGAAUUGUUGA